GAGCAUUAAGAGAUGGAGGGGCGGGGGUUCGGUUUCUUCUAGAAAGCGGGGGGGGAGUGAAAGGGGAGAAGUGGAAGUCAGCGCCUUGUCUGGACUGGCCCCUCGGAAAGAAGAGGCUGUGAGGGGAGCCUGUGUGUGGCGUGUCAGCCGCAGGGCUCAGAAAACUUACCUACAGUCCCUGCCUCCCCACCAUCAGCACCUCUCAACUCUGGCCUGGGGAUCUGGAGCCGGAGCUGACCCGGAGGGGGUGCAGACUCUGGUCCUAAAGUCCCAGGUUGGCUGGCUCCUCUGGCUGAUGGCAUGUUGAGGUAUAUGGGUCAGUUGCAGCGAGGGCAUCUGAUCCAGAGAGGGCCACUCUAGAGGUCAGGCUAUCAUCACCAUGGGCCAGUGUGUUACCAAGUGCAAGAAUCCUUCAUCAACCUUGGGCAGCAAGAAUGGAGACCGGGACCCCAGCAGCAAGUCACACAGCAGGCGAGGGGCAGGCCAUCGUGAGGAACAGGCGCCACCCUGUGGCAAGCCAGGUGGGGAUAUCCUCAUCAAUGGAACCAAGAAGGCAGAGGCUGCCACUGAGGCCUGUCAACUGCCAACCUCCUCAGGAGAUGCUGGGAGGGAGUCCAAGUCCAAUGCAGAGGAGUCUUCCUUGCAGAGGUUAGAAGAACUGUUCAGGCGCUACAAGGACGAGCGGGAGGAUGCAAUUUUGGAGGAAGGCAUGGAGCGUUUUUGCAAUGACCUAUGUGUUGACCCUACGGAAUUUCGAGUGCUGCUUUUGGCUUGGAAGUUCCAGGCUGCUACCAUGUGCAAAUUCACCAGGAAGGAGUUUUUUGAUGGCUGCAAAGCAAUAAGUGCAGACAGCAUUGAUGGGAUCUGUGCACGGUUCCCUAGCCUUUUAACAGAAGCCAAACAAGAGGAUAAAUUCAAGGAUCUCUACCGGUUUACAUUUCAGUUUGGCCUGGACUCUGAAGAAGGGCAGCGGUCACUGCAUCGGGAAAUAGCCAUUGCCCUGUGGAAACUAGUCUUUACCCAGAACAAUCCUCCAGUAUUGGACCAAUGGCUAAACUUCUUAACAGAGAACCCCUCGGGGAUCAAGGGCAUCUCCCGGGACACUUGGAACAUGUUCCUUAACUUCACUCAGGUGAUUGGUCCUGACCUCAGCAACUACAGUGAAGAUGAGGCCUGGCCAAGUCUCUUUGAUACCUUUGUGGAGUGGGAAAUGGAGCGAAGGAAAAGAGAAGGGGAAGGGAGAGGUGCACUCAGCUCAGGGCCUGAGGGCUUAUGUCCUGAGGAGCAGACAUAGUGGCUUUGUCCCAGGAGCAGCAGUGAGGAUCUGCCCACUGCCCUGCAGCCAAGUGAGGAAUUGGACCUUUCUGGAAAUUACUGAAGAUCCGGAUAUUUUCUACUUUACACCUUUCUCUGCCUUGUAUCUGAAAGGGCUCUAAAAUGCUGUAUCAUGUUUUAGGCACUUUCUUCAUUUUUUUAAAUUUUGUUUAUUUCUUUUUUUGGGAGGGAAUCCCCCAAAAUAUUUGAACCUGGCUACAUGUUGUGUAUCUUUUUUUGAAGCCUUCAGAUAGAAUAAGCCUGCCAUUUCUUGCACAAAUUUAGAUUUUGUUUUGCUUUGUUUUUGUGGGGGAGGGUAUAGAUCGGGUGGGGGGAUGGGACUGUUAGGUUGAAUUAACAUUACAAAAUGAUACAGUGCCAGAUCUCAGUUUUGCAUAUUGUUUUUCAGGGCAGGUCUGUACUGUGUGUAGUGUGUUUACAUGGUUGAAUUUAGGUUGUAAUAAUUAUUUUUAAAGAUUUACAGAUUUGAAUAGCAGUGUUAACUGUUAACCACAUUGCAUUAAUUCCCAGAUGAUUUAGUACUCUUGGAGAGCCAAGGCCAGUCAAGAGCAUUUGCAGUCUGGUGACGACCCCUUUUGAAGCUAAUUUAUCCAAAAUCCUUAUUUUCCUCACUUCUUGCUCAUUCCUUCUCUGACCUAUUGCAUUUCAUGUUGAGUUUAUCUGUCAACAUGCUGUACCUGUCAGUCAAGUGAGCGGUUUUGCUUUUUUUUUUUUAAACUUUCUUUUUUAAGAACACAUUGUAUUGAGAACCACUUAAGUUUUGAAUGCAGAGAAAGCAGUGCUACCUCAGUUUUGCUGGAAGUAGACUUCUUUGAUAGUUUUCUUUCUUUGAUGAAGUUUCUGUAUUUUCAUGUUAUAAGUGGAAAUACUUUUUAAAAAAAUUUGCCUUGAAGCCAAAGUUUCUGUUCCUAGAGGCAGAAAACUGUGCCUGCCAACCAGCUGACUUAAAAGAAAACUGUGGUAUGGAGCUCUGCUUGAACUUACAAUUUAUUUUUUAUUUUUUAUUAUCAGCUUACUUGUCUGGCAAGUGCAGAAGCCUGGGGCUGGCUUGAAUUCUGCCAAACAAAUUAUCAAAGUGUAUUUGACUUAAACAUGUGCCCUUUCCCUUCUUGCUGCACCCAUGUUGUCACUUAACCCCCAGGAGUUAUUUAUUAUCUUUUUGUUAAUGUCAAGCUUAUUUGGGGUAAUGUGAUGACUGUUUAGGUUUACAUGACCCUCCUUCUUCUUCCCCUGCCUGUCCCUAAAUAUGUAUAUAUACAUAUAUUAAGUAUGUAUAUAUUUUACAUAUAUUAAAAUAUAUAUAUAUAUAUAUACACACACACAUAUAUGUAUCUAUAUUCCUGUUUUUUUGCCUGCUAAAACUGGCCAUAAAAGAGGGAGCUGCCUUCAGUAUAUAGUUUAAGAAGAGUGCCAGAGAACAUUAUAGUGGAGGCUGUUGCACCUGAAUUUGGACCAUUUUUACUAAAGAGAAUAUGAAUUUCUUAACAGGAAUAGCCCAGUUCCCAUAUUCCUCCAUGGCACUUGCUCCAUAAGGCCAGUUUUGGCCAAACUGCCAGCCUGAGAAGCUGAAUUUGUCCUACCUGGUAUCAGCAGAGGACCCUCUUAUUUUUUCAUUAAAAAUAUGUCCUCAAAAUCUGUACUGGAAGGGUGGGUGGCAGGAGCUUGUACAGUUUAGCUUCCAACACUUUGGAACAGAUUAAAAAGGGAAAUCUUUUAAAUAAAAACUUAUAAAAAUGUUUAUACUUGUGAGGUAAUGAGAAUUUUGUCUAUUAAAUAUUUUGGGUUAUCUCUCAUAAUUAACACCCCCCACAGGUAUAUUUCAGUCUGAGCAAGGGUUGCAUGUUUUGCGUUCCACAUUUUAGUAGUCAUGUAACACUGGCCUCCCAUCAUAACAAAGGUGAUUUUUUUAAGGAGUUGGCAGUCACAGUUUUUCUAAAUUUGGUAUUGACAUAAGGAACAUACUUGUAAUUUUUUUUUUUUUUUUAAAUCCUAAGCUUGACGUUGCCCCUUUAGGAGGGGCAGAGAAGAAACUAUAAAAUCAGCCACAGAAGUCUACUACUGAAAAGCAGAUUGGGAGGAUGGGGGGAGUUUAGGCCAGGUGUCUCACUUUAUUCUAGCUGAGUAAGUCUCUCCAGGGCUCCCAGCAGCUUGUGUGGGUACUACAAGAGUACUGGAGUACUUAGGCCAAUCCAGCCAGUUUGGAACUCGUUUUCUCUACUUGUGGAUUGGGUUGAGUGAAGGAAAAGGUGAGUUACUCCUGUUAGGUAAGGCUUUUUCUGUCUCAAAUUAUAGAAGGGUAUAUGGGAGACAAGUGCACCAGAAAGGGAGGCUGCCAGAACCCAGAGGAACCAAGAUUCCUUCCCUCAGCCUCUGAGCCACAUAUUGUAUAUUAGAUUCAUUACAGUGGCAUUUCUUUUAAAGUUAAUUAUUCAACUUCCCUGUUCCCCAAAAAAGAGCCAUUUAGAAAUUAUUUUUUGGUUAUACUUUUAAUGAUGUUUUUGUUGAAAAGCCAGAAAAGGGGGCAGUCAGGUUAGAAUUCCUGAUGCCCAGCAAGGAAUUCAAGCUUCUGUAAUCACUCGGUCACAGCAUGACCACCACCACAGGAAAAGCAAAUUUUUUGCACAGGCUCCAAGGUGUGAGGUGCGUGGCGGAUUUGUCGUUGCAUUUGUGGGAAACAAAAAGCCCUUGUCCCUCUCAACCUAGAAGUAGGUUUGCUGUGAGUGAAUAGUAACUCCGGAGGCCAAAUGCUUGCCCGUGAGCCAGUGCACCUGUCACUAGGAUUGUGACACCAAGGUGAUUGUGGAUGCCAUUUUGAAAAUCUGCAACAUCUGAGGGUGGUGACUAUAACAAACUGAAUCUGUUGGGAAAUUGGUUUUGGCAAGUGGCUUUGUGAGCUUCUGUGGUGUUUCUUUAGCAAUUUAUCAGCAAACUGGUAUGAGAAAAAGUGUUGUUUUAUUGAAUUGUUCUUUCCCCAUCUUUGUCAAGUUUGAAUGUAUCAUUCUUAACCUCACUUCCUAUAAUCACACUUUGCUAUGCUUCAACUGGUUGCCUUAGCAGGUCUCCCUUUAUCCUACCACAGGUGCCCACAUGUGUGAGUUAGGUCCAGGUACGUGUAUGUACCUGUUUGAUAAAUAAAGCAAAGCAAAAAGAAAAAAAAAAAAUUCACUAGAACUGGCUGAAGAUCCAAAUUUCAACCAAACUCACUGGCCCAGGGAAAUAUAAUAAAAAAUGUACAUGGUAGUAUUUUCUGUAAGGAUGGGUCCAAGCCAGCUGUAUAAAGAUUAUUCCACACAGUAUUAGUCUGAAACAGUACUUAUCUCCCAGGGACUGGUGUCAAGUCAGUCUCCAGGCCUAGAGGCUACAAUGUGUUGGAUCCUACAGUUCACUUGAUGGCCUCAUACACUAUGCCAAAUUGUACUAACGAUGGUAGGAAGUUACUGGAAUAAAGACUUGUUUCAAAGUUUACAACCCAAAAAGAUCUCUAGUUUGGACUGUUUGGUUUGUUCUAUUUCAAGUGGACUCUUCAGUGCCGUAGGUAGAAGGUAAGGGCUGGAAGAAAGCUGCUGUUAGUUUUUUUGUUUGUUUAAAAUUUUCUUGAGUUGCUUGGUUUGCUGUUUUUAAUGUGUGGUUAAUGAUGACUUGAGUAUCUUGAUAACUGACAAGGUCUCCAAGGACUACAGCAGUGUUUUGUUUAAAUGGCUGUAAGAUUAUUAAAGUUAUUGAAGUGUUAAUUAGGACUCAUUUGAGGACAUGUGACCU